AUGCCAGCACUGAUGUCAGAGCAGAGUAUGGGUGAAGGAAGCUGUAGAGAGGUUUCUGCUGUUUUUGAGGCUGGCACGUCGGUUACUUACAUGUUUCAAGAGCCCUACCCUGUGACCAAGAAUAUAAGCUUCUCAUCUUCAGCUAUUUACACAGAUCCAGCUCCAUCCAGGGAGAAUAUUGCGUUUAGCUUUGUGACAGCUCAGGCACCCAGCCUUUUGCUCUUUAUCAAUUCUUCUUCUCAGGACUUCCUAGCUGUCCUGCUCUGCAAGAAUGGAAGCUUACAGGUUCGCUAUCAGCUAAGCAAGGAAGAAACCCACAUAUUCACCAUUGAUGUAGAGAAUUUUGCCAACAGAAGGAUGCACCACUUGAAGAUUAACCGAGAAGGGAGAGAGCUUACUGUACAGAUGGACCAACAACUCAUACUCAGUUAUAAUUUCUCCCCAGUAGCUGAGUUCCAGGUUAUAAGGUCACUCACCCUGGGCAAAGUCACAGAGACUCUUGGGUUGGAUUCUGAAGUCGCUAAAGCAAAUGCCCUGGGCUUUGUUGGAUGCCUGUCUUCAGUCCAGUACAACCACAUAUCACCACUGAAGGCAGCCCUGCGCCAUGCCACCAUCGCACCUGUAACUGUCCAGGGCACCUUGACAGAAUCCAGCUGUAGCUCCAUGAUGGAUUCAGAUGUGAAUGCAGUGACCACUGUGCAUUCUUCAUCAGAUCCCUUUGGGAAGACGGAUGAGCGGGAACCACUCACCAAUGCAGUUCGAAGUGAUUCAGCGGUCAUUGGAGGAGUAAUAGCAGUGGUGAUAUUUAUCAUCUUCUGUAUCAUUGGCAUCAUGACCCGGUUCCUUUACCAGCAUAAGCAGUCACAACGCAGUAGCCAGAUGAAGGAGAAGGAAUAUCCUGAAAAUUUGGACAGUUCCUUCAGAAAUGAUAUUGACUUGCAAAACACAGUCAGCGAGUGUAAACGGGAAUAUUUCAUCUGAAAAAC